UGUUGAUUAAACUUCACUGUGGGGGAUGAGAAGGCACAUGCCUCUGAGGAAGCUGGCAUUCCAGAGGCCAGGAAUUCGGGGUUUGAAUGUUGUUUGUGUUCAUAGCUCCAGAUAAGAUCUGAAACAGAGAUCUUCGGUCUGGAGAAGUGUCUGGUGCUGUCGGAUGGCUCCUCAUCCUUCUGGCAGACAGGACUGCCUUUCAACAUCGAAUGAAGGACCCACAGUAAGUACUGAAGACUAGAAGAACAACUGCUGUGGACAUUGAUGCUGAGACUAGACACACCAGCAGUGCUUGGAGUCUCUACACCAUAAAAGAAGCAGCAUCUCCUGGGAUUGCAGAUGGGAUUUGCAGGCUUCUGGUGAUAGACGGGAACAGUACAAAACUGAUAUCUUGCCUGAGAAAUUGGAUCUGUGUGCAGAGCGUCUGGGAAUGCUGGGAGACAGGGUGUGCACGUUGUUCUGGGGAAAUCCAGAGGGAAGACCAGCCCAGUCCUUCCACACACCUUGGUGAGGCAGCGCCUGGCCAGCACCUCUGGGCAGCAGCGCCUCUGACGCUGACCGGGAUCUCACCAUGUGCUGCUCCAGGAUAAGGCUCCCGAAAACUGCCAAAGCCCUGAUUUGCCUCAUUGUUGUAAUGCAAUUCUGCCUCUUCUUUGUCAAUUCCAGCUCCUUGUUUGACUUGGCAAAGACAAAGAUUUUCAGGAAAUUGAACAUUUUCCAACAUGCCCCAGAGACACAACAAGUGGAAACCCAAGAGCAACAGGGUUUAAACUAUUCUGAUCAUGGGGACUCCAGGAGCAUUUUAAAGGUGACUUUGGGAGGACACAUCACAAGACUCAAAGGUGUGGUGGAGAAGACACCAAGAUGGAAGGGAAAGGAGGAGCAGAAGGAAACAAUGAAACCAGUUAUGAGAGUCAAGGAAGCCAAGGAGAAUGUGGCUGUGAAACCACCACCCCAGUCAGAGGGAAUCAAGGAGAUAGCAGUGAAAACAACCCCUAUAGUGCAGGGAAACAAGGGGAAAACAACAGUGAGGCCAGCUCCAUGGGUGGAAGAAGCCAGGGAAAAGACAACAGUGAAACCACUUCCCAGGGAGAAGGGAGGCAAAGAGAAGGUGACAGUGCCACCAUCCUCUGGGGUGAAGGGAACACAUGAGAGCAUCACAUCCAUAGACCAAACAAAACCCAAAGCACCUCCUGCAUCAAUGAAAAGUGCAAGACCUGCUCCUCAGGCUGCUGCAGUGACGCAGGCGAGGAAACUGAGCGCUGCUAACUUCACAUCUGAGCCACACUGGGAUUUCGAGGACGAGUACCUGCUGGAUAACUCAUCCCCACCCUCGACCUGCUCUGAAUCAGUGAGGGCCAGAGCUGCCAAGUCUGACUGGCUUCGGGAUCUUUUCCUGCCCAACAUCACACUCUUCAUAGACAAGAGAUACUUCAGUGACACUGAAUGGAACCGCCUGGAGCAUUUUAUACCCCCCUUUGGCUUCAUGGGCCUGAAUUAUUCAUUGGUAAAGGAGGUCAUAUCCCUGCUGCCCCCAAAGCCCCACCAGCAGCUGCUCCUGGCCAACCAUGACAGCAGCGUGCCCACGUGCAUCAGCUGCGCUGUUGUGGGGAAUGGAGGAAUACUGAAUAACUCUGGGAUGGGCCAGGAGAUUGACUCCCAUGACUACGUCUUCAGGGUGAGCGGGGCUGUAAUCAAGGGUUAUGAAAGAGAUGUGGGAACAAAAACUUCCUUUUAUGGAUUCACAGCCUACUCCCUGGUUUCCUCUCUUCAGAUCUUGAGACACAGAGGGUUCAGCCACAUCCCACAGGAUAAACAUGUCAGAUACAUUCACUUCCUGGAGGGAGCAAGAGACUAUGAGUGGCUGGAGGCUCUCCUGUUCAACAAGGAGAUCAGGAAAGGAUUCUUGAACCUCAGCGGGCAGAAGCCCCGAGAGAAAUUCAACAACGAUUUCACAAUGGACAAAUAUCUGGUGGCUCACCCUGAUUUCCUCAGAUACCUGAAAAACAGGUUUUUAAAGUCUAAAUCUUUGGAAAAGCACUACUGGAGGCUGUACAGACCCACAACGGGGGCCUUCCUGCUGCUGACUGCCCUCCACCUCUGUGACCAGGUCAGUGCCUAUGGCUACAUCACGGAGGGGCACGAGAAGUACUCGGAUCACUACUAUGACAAGGACCGGAAACACCUGAUUUUCUACAUUAACCAUGACUUCAGGCUGGAGAAGCAGGUGUGGAAAAGGCUUCAUGAUGAAAAUAUCAUGAAACUUUACCAGAGGACCUGACUGUGGCACAGGCCAUUGCCUGGGAAAUCUCAACAACACCUCACUGGGAACAGAAGAGGACCACCAGAGCCAAGGUUAAGUCUGGACUGCCAGGCACAUUUCAUCCCCACAAAGACAUUUCCCUCCUUCAGCACCUCUGUUAUUUCACGACACUUCAACAAAUGUGUGAAUGCUGCAGACCUAAAGACCAACAAGAAAAUGCAGCGUGCCAGCAAAGUCCCAUCUGGCUGCGCUGCAGGACUCUUGCUGCUUGUUGUAAGAAUGGGUGUCAUGAGAGCAGAAUCCAGGAUGGAUGUGGUUCCAUGUACUUUGUGUAAUCCAGGUUUUCACUCUUUGCAAGGAGAUGCUCAUCAGGCUGGGGCCACUUCCCUUCUGUGUGGAUCCUCUCUGUUAGCAAUGCCCAUUUUGGAGCUGGGCAUUGUCUGAACAAACUCCCUGAGGAGCUGGAAUGGAUGGAGGUGGAAACACAGAUCCUGUUUCAGGUCGACUUAAUUUCUGCAGAGUGGGGGCUGCGCUCACUCUGCUCCCUGAGAUAAAAAGCAUGGACUGGACACUUCCAGGUGACUAAUUUGAGUUUCACCUCUGCUCCCCAGUGGGGCCUUGCUAUGACACUUCCAGAGGAGCACUGCCAUCAACUCAAGAGCAGGUGGCUGUUCUCCAUGAUGCAACACACCUUCUGUACCUGGUCCCUCUUGCCCCGGGGCUCCCCUGGCUGCACAAAAUGUGAAUUUUGUGGCAUGGACCUGAUGUGCCCAGUCCUUGCAUAGCUGGGCUUCGUCAUGCUUGGCUCCCAGCUGUGCCCAGAGCUCUGUGUUUGUCCCAUUCCCAGGAGAGGUAGGAGCUCUCCAGGUCCAGGGAUGGAUGCUAUCUGUCCUUGCUGCUGGCUGAAGUGCCUGUCCCCCGUAGUGCUGAGAGGGGCCCAGCUGCAGCCAGCAAACCUGGAGGGUAUUGGCCUCCUGGAAGGGGUUUUGUGAGCAAAAUAAAUGGCACCACUUUGGCCAAGCUGA